UACUCUGCUUCAGCAGACUGCAACUUGCAACCAGAGCAACACUUAUUAAGCCUCCACUCUCUAAAGAGACUAGAAAACAAACCAAAUCGCUACAGACGAGACGACUGACCGCUACACUUAGGAUAAAAAUAAAUUUGCAAAGACUGAGAGCAAGACAUCGUAAAGGGAAUAGCAAAAUAAAACAUAUUUUAUUUAAUAGGCUACGCAACAAAGAAAAACGCAAAUAUGUUCAUUUUCUCCAUCGUCGUGAUAUUAAUUGGAACCUUCAAUAUGGUUCUUUCCUCCUCUACUUGCCCCUCGGUAUGCGAGUGCCCGAUGGAGCUGCCCAGGUGCGCGCCUGGUGUGAGCCUCGUAGUGGAUAGCUGCGGGUGCUGCAAAGUCUGCGCGAGACAACUCAACGAGGACUGCAGUCUGACAGAGCCUUGCGACAACACCAAAGGACUCGAGUGCAACUUUGGGGCCAGCUUCGGUGCUAUGCGUGGCAUCUGCCGUGCUAAGUCAGAGGGAAGACCCUGUGAAUACAACAGCAGGAUUUACCAAAACGGAGAGAGCUUCCAGCCUAACUGCAAGCACCAGUGCACAUGCAUCGAUGGGUCUGUGGGCUGCGUCCCCCUGUGCCCUCAGGAGCUCUCCCUGCCCAACCUGGGCUGUGCCAACCCAAGGCUGGUCAAGGUGGCAGGCCAGUGCUGCGAGGAGUGGGUAUGUGAUGACGGAAAGGACACUGACAUAAUUGACAAGCUGUUUGGCAAAGACAGCAUGACUGAAGAGUCAGAGAGUGACCUCACCAACAGGAACGAGCUCAUCGCCAUUGUCAAGGGAGGACUCAAGUCUCUAGCUGCUUUCAGAGUGCAGCCUGAGAGCCACAUGUUUGAGAGUCAAAAGUGCAUUGUCCAGACCACUCCUUGGUCCCAGUGCUCCAAGACCUGUGGCACAGGCAUCUCCACCCGAGUCACCAACAACAACGGCGAGUGCAAGCUGGUUAAAGAGACACGCAUCUGCGAAGUGCGGCAAUGCACCCAGUCACCCUACUCCAGCCUUAAGAAAGGAAAGAAGUGCAGCAGAACCAAGAAGUCUACCCAGGCUCAGAAGUUCACCUAUGCCGGCUGCUCCAGCCUGAAGAAGUACAGGUCCAAGUACUGUGGAUCCUGUGUGGACGGCCGCUGCUGUUCCCCCCAGCAGACCCGCACCAUCCGGGUCAAGUUCCACUGCGAGGACGGAGAGACCUUCAACAAGAAUGUCAUGAUGAUCGAGUCCUGCAAAUGCACCUUCAACUGUCCCCAUGCCAACGAAGCCCCCUACCCCUUCUACAGACUCUUCAACGACAUCCACAAGUUCAGAGACUAAAUCAAAUCUGAUUGGGCAGAGAACCGACCCCUGAGAGAUCCCAAAACAACAACAUUGACAGCCAAUGGUAGUCCAUCUAAAUGCAGGGGUCCAACUCAACUGCCAAUGAACUAUCAACUUCGUGUUGUAACUAGAUUCCCAAGGAAUUAUAGGCUUGCAUCAUGAGGACUUUAUGAAGUGCACUGUCUGCUGUGACCGAAUCAGCAUUCUAAAUUAAGAUUCGCUUCAUACUACUGGAGCAUCAGAGUAGCUUCGUUACGGAGCAAAAUGUAAAUGAACAUGUGUAAAUGACAAUGUAUGUUUAUAUCAAUUCGUUGUGUAUAUUUUCGACGAUAAGUACCAACCAGACAUGACCCAAACAAACUUUAGACGUGUGUGUAUGGAUGUUGUUUGGAUAUGCAGAUACGUAAUUUAAUUAAGUAUAACAUGAUCUUGUAACCUAAUGAACCAAGACACCACAUGUUACCGUGGUUCCAUACAUGUUUGUGUUUUGUGGCAGCUAAGGACCUUCCCAACUUUAUCAAGAAAGACAAAGUGAAACAUAUCAAAUGAAUGUUUUCAUUAUUGUUAUUAAUAUUAUUUAUCAAAUUGUAGCUACUUUAUUUAGAUUUGUGUCAUACUGGAAUAAAUUGUAAAAAUGAUUUAAUUUUAUAUGUUACAAAAUAAAACAGAUUUAUUUAUGAAAUGUAAA